UACACACACGAGAUACAUACACAUCCGUUGUGAGGUGAACAGCUGGAAAUACAUCAGAGUGCGCCUUGAAGUCUUAAAGAUAACAUACAACAAGCGACAAGCGACCUCGCAACGAACAGCCUCAUCAUCGCCCCGCAUCUGAGUGGUAACCGGACUCUCUGGUCAUGGCUGUCCUGAUCAAUCAGAUCUCCUCGGUAGAGACCGGCGCAGAUGCUUGCCAUACGCUUUUCAAGCCCAUCGGCAUCAGGUCUUUCAAAGGGUCCAACAAUGCAUCCGAUGCGUACUUCCUAGGUGUUGACUUGAACUCGACCUCCUCCAUGCCGUUGCACCAUAUGGCUCCUGAUCGGGGGCUGUUGCGCAUGCAAUGUCUCCGCUAGCCACGGAAAUGACGAAGGGUUCCGAGCCGGAAGCAAAGCGCUGCAGCACUUGGUCGACAAAGGGGUUUCAAAAGCCCUCGAGCGCUCUAGGGGGUAUCAUUGCCUCCUAAUGGGUAGCCGGUCGCAAUCAUGCGAGUCAGUUUCCCCUCGAGGUACAUGCACUACUUACCCCACGGUGCUUCAGGUGAGCUUGCCUCCUCACGCUCUGUACUCUUUCUCGUCUGAAGGGUUCCAGCGAGAUUGAUCUGUGAAUACGGAACUCUCUUUCUCGUACGUCGUCGGGAAUGCCUUGGCGCUGAGAAAUCGUACACGGCCUCUUAGUUCGAG